AUGCUGGUAAGAUCAAGAGUGGGGGUCUCAGGAAAGCCCUACUAUUUGAAAUCAGCCAUUCAGCUGGUGUCAUUGCAUACAUCUAGAAAUCUAGGUCAGCAACAGAGGACGCCAUUACAAAUCUUUAGAGAAACAUUUAAAAAAGAAUGGGAGAAGUCUGCUGAGUUACAAGGUUCUAUAAAAGAACUACAAGAUGCAUCUGGUAAGAUAAGUGAAUCUGAAGCUUAUAAGAAAGCUCGUGAUGCCUAUUUAAAGGCACAUAGAGGUUCUUCCACAAUAUUGGACAAGACAUUGAAGAAAACUGGUGACACUCUGGAGGAUAUUGCUACAAAGGCUUGGGAAUCCGAGAUAAGCAAAAAUACAAGACAAAUGGCAUCUGAGACUGCCAAAAAGCUUGAUGAAAGUUUUGAGCCGGUUAGAAAUACCAAAAUCUAUAAGGACGUUAGUGAGGUACUCAAUGAUGACGGCGACAGUUAUAGAUAUGGUGGUUUCAUUCAGAAAGAUGAGAGAAGAUUGAAGAGAGAAAAUGCAUUGAAGUCUGGUAAGAGGGUAAGAGCCGUCAAGAGUAAUGACGAAGCAGGUACUGCGUUGGUAGCUACUAAUGUUCAAUCACAUGAAUCUAUUGGACAGAAGUAUGAGAAUUUUAAAGAAAGAACAAUGGUAGGUAAAAUUUUACAUAAUUUCAAGGUGAACUAUUGGGAUGAAAGUGAAAAUCCUCUUAUUGUAUUAUUGAGAAAAAUUACUCUAAAGAUUACGGGUUUCUUUGGUGAAACUGAAAGUUCAAGAGUUUACAGUCAAUUCAAGCUGAUAGAUCAAACUUUCAAUGCGGAAUCGUUUACUAGACACUUGAGAGAAUACAUCGUUCCUGAAAUUUUAGAAGCUUACAUCAAGGGAGAUGAGAAGGUUCUCAAGAACUGGUUUAGUGAAGCUCCUUUCAACGUUUACUCUGCUCAACAGAAGGUCUUCAGGCAACAAAACCUCUUCCCUGACGGCAAUAUUCUUGACAUAAGAAAUGUAGAAAUUGUUUCUGCAAAAUUGUUACAACCACAGGAUAUUCCUGUCCUAGUCGUCAGUUGUAGAGCUCAAGAAAUCAACAUUUAUAGAAAAAUAAAAACUGGGGAAGUUGCAGCAGGCAACGCCUCUGACAUAUUAAUGAGCACCUACGCAAUGGUUUUUACAAGAGAUCCCGAAGAGAUUGAUAACGAUGAAACUGAAGGUUGGAGGAUCUUGGAAUUCGUUCGUGGUAACUCCAGACAAUUCACCUAG